UUGUGCUACACAUAAUUAUGACAUGUGCAUAAAGAUAGUUGGGAGAGAGAACACAUCCCUAUGAAUCUGGAACUUCUCUCCUCUCACCAGCUAGCUAUAAUUAUAUAUAAUAAUUUAGACAGAAGUGCUAAUGAAGAAGAGUGUGUUAUAGUGUGUAAGUGAUUAGAUAUGUGUUUGAGUACAGUAAAAAGAAACAGAUGGCAAAUAAACAUUGAAAGAGCCUAUGAAGGUUGAAAACACACUCAGGGUGGAUGUUCCUUAUUUGGUUUUACUAUGGAAACAUGACAGCAGGACUGUACGCCAACACAGUAUAUACAGGAAAUAGCAGCAAGUUCAAUGAGGUGACGUUCAUUUUCUUUUUACCCUCACUUGAAUACGGAGUGUUAUGAGUUGUCAGCAGUUAAUUGAAUGGGGGGAGGGGCAAGGAAUGGUGUCACUGGUGGAAGAGUGUGUCCUUGAGUUGAGAAACAGAUAUAUACCAGUUUAAUAAUGAUUUUUAUCGUUCAAACCAUAGAUGUGGUACACAUGCUGGUUCUUAUUGCAGA